UUUACUCCAUCAUCAUGUCAUCAACAGUGACGACUACAAAUGGGAUGAUGAUAUUCACACAGAUCUUUCCAGAAAAUAGCCCACAAGCCCAGGAACUCAAAGGAAAAUCAGGACAAGUCAAUGAAAUUUCAACGGCAAAUAUACCAGGGCAUCUACAGAGAUUCCUCAAGGGAGAGCCUCGAGCACUUGGUACCACACAGAUCAUGAUUGGCAUCACCUGUAUCAUCUUUGGUAUAGCCUUGGCCAUUCAAGAAACGACAAUUGUCAUCUAUGCUGGACUCCCCUUUUGGACUUCACUGCUGUUUAUCGCAUCUGGAUCGGUGGCAGUUGCAGCAAGCAGAAACACAAAUACCUGUCUUGUUAAGUCAGCCUUGGCUUUAAAUUUUAUCAGUGCUAUUACUGCAGGCAUUAGCCUUAUACUGUACAUCAUCGACAUAGCGCAUGACCACAUGCAGUAUACGAAGACAUGCAAUGACAAUGACUGGCCGUACUCUUAUUAUUACGGUUGCAGUUAUAUUCAACGCAGAAAACUGUCUUUUAUUUACAGUAUUCAAGCAAUUAUUCUUAUCUUCACACUGCUGGAGUUUUGCAUUGCAGUAUCACUUUCUAUUUUUGGAUGUAAGACCACCAAUCAAGAGAAUAGGAUGCCAACAAUUCUUGUUCAGCCUGUCUCCUCUAGUGGCAAAGGGCAAGAUGGUCAAGGAUAUGAACAACUGCUUAAUGAUUAACAGCACCAUUGAAUGCCAUGAAGAAAGGACCAGUCAAACCCUACAAGAAAAAAUAACAACCUUUCUGUAAACGUUUUUUGUAUAGCUAUAUCUUUAUUUUCUUAUCUUUGCUUGAAAUCUUACUACCAAAUACAUAGCAGAUAAAGACAGCAGUUCUACUCACAGAUUGCUGAUUUACUUACAAUUAAGAUGUUUAUUAAUAAGACCAAAUAUAAUGUCUCUCUGUGUUUCCUGAAAACAUGUAGAGCAAUUUCCUUGGGCCUUGAAUAAGCUGCCUGGUACUUUUCCAUAUAAAUUCCACACACAGAUUCUUCUGAUCCAGCCACAGUGAUAUGACCACAUAACCCUGCUGCAACUCAUAAUAAGAGAGAAAAGGUACAGUAGAAUAUAAUGUUACCAGCUGGUUAACUGUGUUUGAACCACAUAAAGUACUCCUUGAGCAGUAUAUAAUCUAAAUUAAAUUUACUUGUACUUUUUUUGUACUUAGGUACAAAUAAAAGAGGGGUACCUCAUGAACUCAGGGGGAUUAUAUAUCUAAAAUGUAUCAAUACUUAACAUUUUGCCCAUUAGAAUGGCAGUAACAGAGUAAAAUCCCCAUAAAAUCCAUGUUACUACCUUGACUCCUACACUCACUGUGUCUGGCUAUCAGUACUGUAGAGUAGGUUGAGGUAUUGUACAAUAAAUACUCCAAAUUAUGAAAAGCACAGCAGGAAGUUUUUGGUUUUACUUGCCUAAUAUGCGAGUUUGACAAUCUCCUUUAAUCAGACCAAAAUCUCCUAGUUCAUUACUGAAAAAAGAUUCUCUUAUAUAAUCAUGUUGGGUGAUAAUGUUUGUACAAUGAUUAAAAAAUACUGCUGGACGUGUUUUCAAAAAAAAAAACAGAGAGAAAGAGAGAGAGAGAGAGAGAAAGAGAAAGAAAGGGAAUGAACAUAUGCAUUUUGAUGAAUGUCCCAGGGUAAUUGCACUAUGUGUUGGUAAACAAUUUGAAUGUACUGCCUGUAGCCAUAGCAGAUUUUUAAUUGCAGUAUCUUUUCUUAUAUCAAGGGAACUUUUUGUGCAUGGUGUGGUUGUAAUGGCAAUAUGUGCAGCUGAACAGGAACACUUUGAUUUAAUCUAAUCAAGAUGUAUGUAUAUUAACAAAAACAAUAUUUGCAAUACAAUAUUUAAAUGGAAAUUGCACUUUAUAAAAAUCACUCUAAUUAAAACUAACAAUACUUUAUGUUGUAAAGUCAUAAAAUGCAAAUAAUAAAAGAAUACCACAUUCAAAUUAGCUAGUAAUUAUAUAUUGUAUACGUUUGUUUUUUACUUUAACAAUUUUAUUACAUACAAAUAGCAUUGUACAUAACUAUAGAUACAAAGGAACAGUGGCUGUCAUAAAAUAAGCAUAUUUAUUAACCCAUGAUCAUGAAUUAUCUUGCAUGGAGGCAGAGAUAGGAGCAGAUUAAGGAGCUGCCUAGAAUCUAAAGCUUCCUGAAUAAAUAUAACAUUUCAUCUUGA